AUGCAGAACGAGUGUGCAGAAGAUCCAGAAUCUCAAUACGACACGAACGGCCGAAUGUGCUGCGUAUACAUCUCCAACUUCUUCAGCAACGGAACCGGUCUUGUUUGUUACAUCGGUGGCACGCGCAAUGUCGAGAUGUUCCUCGGCGGCAUGCACGGGAUGCAAGCUUUCAACGGCCCAACACUUUUUGCGGUCAGCUCGUACGACCUGUCGUACAUAACAGAGUCUAUCACUUUGAGUACACCUCCUGGCAAUCGCAGAGAGAGUGUGGUCAAGGACGAAACACCGCUCGGACGCAAUAAAUGGCGAUACAUAUACGAGACUGGCAGACUGGCGUGGAGUAAGGCCGAUGUUGAUACGGAAAAGCUGCGAGAACUUCAGGAAAUGGCAUAUGAUCAUAGAGACCUCAACACAAUCCGCUUGGACGCUGAACGAAUGGAUAUCGACCCAAAACAUGACCAAGAUGGAGGCGAAGCAUCCGAGACAGGAUCGGGAAGCAUACCGCAAGACACAGAACCGACAAUGAGUGCAAAAAAACGAGGCAAGAUGAAGGCUGUGGAAGAGCAAUUAGCAGAUCCAGACACAGAGGUAGAGGCAGAGCGCCCACACGAAAGCAGGAUGUUCGACAUCAGACUUGGAGGCAGUGUCAGUAAGACUGAUACAACGCUCAACAAAAGAAUCAGGGGAUCCUACGCUGUACACUCGGAAGAAGACCGUAUAAAUCUCGAAGCCUUCCAAAAAGCAAAUCAGCUUGACACUAUGGAUAAAGCAUGGGUCUCGCUCAAGGACUCCAUUCGCCGCGACAGAUUCGAUGGUGUCAAACUGGACGCAGUUACAAUGGAGCUAGCUGAUCAAAUUACUUCCCUGGAAAGGCGUGAGCAACGACUAGCCCAGACGAAAGCAACAGCUUCGAGCAGCAGCGGAAAUUCGAAGAUUAUAGCAUAG